GCUCUUCACAAGCAGCAGAGGAAGAGGAGGCAGGAGGAAGACGCCUCUCCGUUUGCUCUCUCAGCUUCUGGAUCAGAUUCUCCUGAUUCCGGGUUUCAGGAUUGGAUUCCUCCAGAGAAUUUAGGCAAAGUGCUGAAGAGCUGCAGCUGGAGCGACCCGUUCAGGCGGUUCUGGAAAUCAAGCGGAUUUUUCUCCUGGUUAUUUCAGAGUCAAUGUUCUGCAGAUGUUUCGAUCCUGCUGUGACGGGAGGAAAACCAGCUGGAACUGAUCAAACAGUGUUGUCUAAGUGGGUCAGAACCGGACCUGUACCAUGUGAAGCUGAACUCCUACAAACUCUGCCGGAUCACCCAGAACCCUUCGCGUGGUGAGGACGGGAAUGCGGCUGCAGCUGGACCUGAGGGAUCAUUGUUGAGUCUGAUCAUGGGUCAGCCCCGUCGCUGUUAAACCCGGUUCUCCUGGGGGUCAUGCGGUCCGACCCGGACUGAAGACAGAUCCAGACCCAGAGGGAUCCGGCUCCUCGGGGAGAUGGCGGCGGCCAUCGCCAGCUCCCUGAUCCGACAGAAGCGCCAAGCGCGAGAGUCCAACAGCGAGAAGGUCACCACCAACAAGAAGCGCUCCAGCCCCAGCAAAGACCCGCGCUCUCUCUGCGAGAGACACAUCUUCAGCGUCUUCAGCAAGGUCCGAUUCUGCAGCGGGAAGAAGCGGCCGGUUCGCCGGAAACCAGAGCCGCAGCUGAAAGGCAUCGUGACGCGUCUCCACAGUGAGCAGGGCUUCUUCCUGCAGAUGCUGCCCGAUGGGACCAUCAGUGGCUGCAAAGACGAGAACAGCGACUACACUCUGUUCAACCUGAUCCCCGUGGGCCUCAGGGUGGUGGCCAUCCAGGGUGUGAAGGCCACCCUCUAUGUGGGCAUGAACGCCGAGGGCUUCCUCUACACAUCUGAUAUUUUCACACCAGAGUGUAAAUUUAAGGAGUCUGUGUUUGAGAACUACUACGUCAUCUACUCGUCCACCCUGUACCGGCAGCACGAGUCGGGCCGGGCCUGGUUCUUGGGUCUGAACAAGGACGGCAUCAUUAUGAAGGGGAACCGAGUGAAGAAGACUAAACCCUGCUCACAUUUUGUCCCCAGACCCAUUGAAGUUUGCAUGUACAAGGAGCCGUCUCUGCAUGAGCUGGAGGAGAAGCUGCUGAAGUCGUCGCGGAGCCCGACACUGAACAGCGGCCGCGCCAGGAGCCUGGACCGACCACAGCGGCGGUCUGCCAACUCCUCCACAGAGCGGGAGGCGUCAUAGCCUGCAGCGCCCCCACAGGAGGAGGAGGAAGAGGAUGAGAACUCCCAUUUUAACAAUCCCUGUGUUCAGCAACUACAACCACACCGACCAACCGCCAAGACAACGAUAAUGAAGAAAACAAUGUAAAAAGAUUUUAAAAAUCCGGGGAAAUUCUUCUUGCUUGUGAUGAAAUAUUUUAACGAGCAAGGGCAUGGGGGAGGGGCUUGCUUGGAAAUGAAAAAAAAAAAUAAAAUAAAUCAGGACGUUGAUGAUUGAGAUUUACAUUUUAUGCAAAGAGUCCUGCUGAAAUAGUGCCAGGAGGCUAGCACACCUAUUCCUCAUCAACACAUUGUAAUCAUCAUCAUUUCUGUCACAAUGAUGACAAAAUAUCUGUGGAGUCGGGCAAGCGCUCCGAACUCUGAAGCUUUAAGCCAUGUAGAAACUUCACUUCUCUUUGUUUUCUAAUGAAUGCUAAAACCUUCGCACUCCCCACACGCUGUGCUUCUUUUUUUCUCCGUGUUUUCUGUCGAAUCAGACGGAGGAUGUUCUGUUUCAGGUGCCACAAUUUGUUUAGUUUCUUUGUUUGAAAGGUCAGGGACUUGUUCUGGGCUUAGUCACAGACACUGCCGAUUCAAAGGUCCGGUGAGGUAACGGUACACAGGAACUUCUUGGGUUGUCCGGACUGGACAACUUUCUCUAAGCAGAGUCAGGAGAGGGCCAUAUUUCACUGUCAAGAUCUGUGUAUUUGUUUGUUCACUACAAACUACACAAAGUCCACUUUUCUGCAUGUUUCAGAUUGUUCAGCACUGUUAGAGUGAUUUCUCUGCUCCCACACCUGCACCGCUUUGAACCUCUUUCUAGGAAAACCAUCUUCAAACAUUUCAAAGUGUGGAGCUUUAACCUUUGAAACAACAACUUUAGUUUGCUUCUCGAAAACAAAAAUGAAAGACAACAAAGCCAGGUGCUCUUGAUGAAAUUCAUUUGAAGAAAAAAAAACAUGAUAACAGAUGUUAGCAGGAACUAAAAUUAACAACUUUCCCCUAUUUUACCUUGUCUUCAUAAAUAAUCUGAUUAAAUAUUCUGUCAAACAUUACUAAAAUCACCAUACAAGAAAACUGGUAAAAUCAUUUAACAUUUCUCUGUUUAAGUUUUUACCUGAAUGGAAAUGCAUUUUGUUGGUAGGGGGUGCUUUCUGCAUGUCAGUUGAAGUUAAAGACAAAAAAAGUUAGUAUGGAAACAAAGUUUUACCACAAACCUGGACCUUGAAUUUAAUGUCCAACUCACUGGGAAGAAGGUUCAGUUUGUGAGGACUUCAGGUCCUGAUAAGGCUGGUGACCAGACUGGGUCCUCAUGGCAACAUAAAAACAAGAACACACACACACACCUUUAGUUUUUCUGUCAUCCUUGUUACAUGAAAUUCAUUUCCAGCUAAAUGUUUGUCUAAAUAUAACCCAAAAAUUUGGACUUUAAUACCUUUGAGGUUAUUGAGAAUGCUGAUGUUUAAGCCAGAAAAGCUCCCAAUGAGGCAACAAAA